UUAAGAUUCAGGUUAGUUUUUUUUCAGAUAGGUUAGUUUUCAUAUGUUACUGUGUCAUCCACGUGCACUGCUUCUUGACAACUAUCAUGUCAGAACCACUACCAUUGCCACAAAAAAAGUUUUACAGACAACGUGCGCACUCGAAUCCUAUAGCGGAUCAUUGCUUAGAAUACCCUAUUAAACCAGAUUUAAUGAAUUGGAGUUCAUUAUAUCCAUUUUAUUUUCCAACUAAUAAAGAAGAAUCCAAAGAACAGAAUAUUUCACAGAAACAUGUUGAGUUUGUAGAUAUUGGUUGUGGCUAUGGAGGAUUAUUAGUUACACUAUCGUCAAUGUUUCCUGAUAAGUUAAUUCUUGGAAUGGAAAUUAGAGUAAAAGUUUCUGAUUAUGUUAUGGAUCGUAUAGCUGCAUUAAGAUCACAAAAUCCUGGACAAUAUCAAAAUAUUGCCUGCUUGAGGACUAAUGCAAUGAAAUAUUUACCAAAUUACUUUUACAAAGGCCAGUUGAAGAAGAUGUUCUUCUUAUAUCCAGAUCCACAUUUUAAGAAGUCCAAACACAAAUGGAGAAUUAUAAAUAAGACACUUCUGGCAGAAUAUGCUUAUGUACUAGCUGAAGGAGCCAUUGUAUAUACGGUGACAGAUGUUAAAGACUUACAUGAAUGGAUAGUGGAACAUUUUCAUGAACAUCCAUUAUUUGAUGAUGUAUCUAAAGAAGAAUUGGACAAAGAUCCUAUUGUUGAAAAGUUAUAUGAAAGUACAGAAGAAGGUCAAAAAGUAACAAGAAAUAAGGGAUAUAAAUUUUUGGCUGUAUUUAAACGUAUUCCAGAUCCAUUUGAGAAAAGAAUUAAUUGACAUCAUAUGUAUGUUUGUAUAUUUGUAUAUAAAUAAAGAUAUUUUUUUUAAUCAUUCUGCGAAGGACACUCUAAA